AUGGCUGUUAUAGCGUCGAGAGAGCCUUCUAUAUAUAUCCAUCACUCAUUGAAUCCUCCAUAUACAUCUCUCCAUGUAUCUUCCUAUGCAAAACAACCUUCCUGUGCUCUUGAACUCUCAAUCUUCCUCCUCAACACUGCAAAAACAUUAUCGAGCUUGCGAAAAGCUCAACGACAGUAUAGAACAACUAGAGCUCCUCCGUUCAGCAGUGUUACGAAGUCUCUAUCAAGCAGCGGGGAAUACGUUGAACAAGUUAUGGAAGCCGAAGCACCUAAGGCUGGUGUUGUGUCAUCAAUGGAGUCUCUUGUGGUGCUCUUUGGACAUAUGAGGAUCUCCGGCAGCGUUGAGAAAAGCAGUUCAACAGCAUCUGAGGGUUUGGAUUCACCAUCGUCACCUGCAUCCAACUCGGCAGUCUUUCUAAGUGUCGUUGAUUCUCAUGCGGUACACUUGUCUGAUCCCAUUCGUGAUGUACCUACGUCAAACGAUUACUUGAAGGAGUUCGCACAUUCAACCACACCGCCUACAUCGGCUGAAGCUCCAAAAUCAGAUCCAUCCUUUUCUGCAUCUGCACGAUUAUUGAGGAGGGAAGACUAUAGUAUAAUCAGAGCACUCGACAAAGGUGCAUUUGGCGAAGUUCAACUUGCUCAAGACAAGAAUGGUAACGAGGUUGUUCUCAAAACAGUCGGGAGUCUCUUUGAUGGAGCUCGCGAGGUGAAUAUGCUCUCUUCUCUUUCACACAAAAACAUCAUGGCCAUCUAUGGUUAUUGGAUUGAAGGCGGCUCUGUUGUGAUGGUUCUUGAGUUGGGGGAAAUGAGGUCUUUGGCAUCUGUGCUCAAAUAUGGCGGGGUGAUGGACGAGAAAACGGCCGCACAAUACAUACUUGGAGUCAUCGAAGGACUGGAAUACCUUCAUUCGUUGAACAUCAUUCAUCUCGAUCUGAAGCCUGAUAAUAUUCUUGUAAUGUAUGAUGGAACUAUACGAUUGGCAGACUUCGGGUUAUCGGGCUUUGUGUUCGAAUUCGAAGGUGAUCGCUCCGCCGGGGGCACACCGGGAUUUGCAGCUCCCGAAAUACUACUGGGAGGCGAAGUUACAUGCAAGGUCGAUGUCUAUUCCAUGGGUGCUACAUUGCUGGAAAUGCUGACUGGCAAGAGUCCGUAUGAUGAGUUGGAGACUGCCGAAGCUCUUAAGAGCACUGUCGCAGACGAUAUGCCACUCCCACCACAUAUAUCACCAGAAUUGAAAGAUUUUUUCAAACUUUGUUUUGAAAAGAAAUUGCAUCAUCGAGCGCACGUAGAUGAAUUUUUGCAUCAUCCUUGGAUACUUGAGUUCACGUACUCAGCACCUUCCAUGUGGACAAGCACUGUGACGACUGCUGCUUUAUCAGCACCCACAGCACCAGCAUCUGCAGUACCACCAUCAUCAAGUACGACAAAGAGAGAUGAUUUGGUAACAGCUCCCAAAAAGUCGCUUCUUCUCUCUGGAUCGUCGGUAUCGUCAUCAGUCAUACCACCUGUCGCGGAGGGAUUCACAGGCGCAUUGAGUGAUGGACCUAUAGCGUCUGCAUCGUCAUCUACCGAAGGCUAUUAUAAGUCAUCAUUCAAUUCAUCGGCGCCAUGCCCAUCAACAUUGAACACACGGAAGGACUCUAUGGCUUCCGCCGAUAAAUCAGGCACCACGGUCUCAUCCUUACGAUCUAGUGUAGAAUCCACCGGCUCUGUAAACUCUGAGGGCAAAUCCGUAUUAGGAGAAGAAAUAAUCACUACAUGCCCAGCUAUCGGUCAACAGCAUUUCAAGUCUCGAAAAUGGUUUUGCUUCACAGCCCGGAACAGACAUAAGACUCCAGCAAAGAAACAAGUCGAAGUUGCUCCAGUACAUGAAUCGCCUCCCUCAUAUGAUAAAUGGCCACGGCCUGUGUCAUCCAGUCCAGCAACAACACGGACCCCAUAUUAUAAACUAGUAUUUGACAGAGUCCGAAGGAAAUCUGAAGAGAAAGGAGUUAAAGCUCCUCCAGCCGAAAAGAAACAAACGCCAUGGUAUAAUCCAAAAGGGUGGUUUCGUCAAGUGUCAUAUCAAUAA